AUGGUCCACCUCAUCCUCACGGGCGCCACCGGCCUGGUCGGCUCGUCCGUCCUCUCACACAUCCUCUCCCUCCCACCGACCAGCAAACCGGCCAUCGACAAACUCUCCAUUCUCACACGCUCGACCUCGAUCCCCUGGCUCUCCGCCACGCCUCCGCCCGGGACGCCAACCACCAACAAACACACCAAGAUCGAAGUGAUCGAGCACCGCGACUUCGGGGCCCCCUACCCGCCCCAACUUCUAGAGAGGCUGAAAGGCGCGGACGCCUGUAUCUGGGCGUUGGGCGUGAGCCAGAACGACGUCUCCAGGGACGAGUACGUCACCAUCACGCGCGACUAUGCCGUCGAGGCAGCCAAGGCCUUCUCGGGGUUGCGCGGCGGCGUGGCGGCGUCGUCAUUGUCGUCUAGUUUAGACCCGAGUUCGAGUUUCGCCGACGCUGACGCAAACAAAUCCAAAUUCAAAUUCAUCUACGUCUCCGGCGAGGGCGCGACACUGCAUCCCCGGCCGUGGACGCCCAUCUUCGGGCGCGUCAAGGGCGAGACGGAACGGGCGCUGCUUGAGCUGUCCAAGACGGCUGAGUACUCGCCCUUGCUGUCGGUAUACUCUGUCCGCCCGGCCGCCGUGGACGGCGCCAACCAGCCGUGGAUCUGGGAUCAUGUGCUCAACACCAAGAGGACGGCGUUUCAGCGCUUCUAUCUCAAGGGGGUGAUGUGUCCUAUUCGGUGGGGGUGGGCUGGCCAGGGGAUGCACAGUCCGACGGAGGGCUUGGGGCGAGUGCUUGUUGGGAUGGCAGUCAGUGAGCAGAGGGGUGCGUUUGAGGUGGGCGUUGGCGUGGAUGCAGAAGGGGAGGGCCGUACGCUAGGGAACAGCCGAUUGAGAAUGUUAGAGAGGGGGCAGUGGUGA